AUGGCCUGGCAGAGCCCCUCCGCCAUGGGUAACGGCCAAGCCCAGCAGGCCGACACCCAGGGCCCCGUCGGCACCGAGUACACAUUGCAGGGCGUGAUGCGCUUCCUCCAGCUCGAGUGGCACAACCACGAGAGAGCCCGCAAUGCCUGGGACAUCGAACGCGCCGAGAUGAAGGCCAAGAUUGCGAAGCAGGAGGGCGAGGUCCGCAGCGCCAAGCGCCUCAACGACCAGCUGGAAAAACACGUCAAGAUGCUGGAGAACGCAUUGAGGAACGAGCGCCAGAAGAGCAAGGCCCACGCCCAAGGCGAGAAGCCCGCCGACCAGGACAAAGGCAAAGAGCGCGCCAGCCCCGACCUCAAGCGCAAGCCCGCCAACAAGCAGCACAACUCCUUCCUCGACAUCGAACUCGAGUCCCACGAGCAGCCCGAGCAGGAACGCGAAGCCGCGCGCGACAAGUCGAGGCAGUUCCUCACCAAAUGCGUCGAAGAAAUCACCUACCUCUUGCAGCCGCCAGCCCAUCCUCCGCCCACGCACGCUCAGUUACACUCGAUGGCCAACUCGUCCGGUUUCAUGAACCAGGACAUCCCUUUGGAGGAGGCAUACAUGCAGCAGCACCGUCAAAAGGGAAUCCCCAUGACCCUGCCGCAGCAAGCUCCCAUUCCCAACCAUCAGCCGCCGCCCGUGCCGUCUCUCGCUGAUGUUCCUAAUCUCACUCACACCUCGCAAUUGCCCCAGCAAGCCCCUUUUAUGACCAGAGAGCCGCCGAGCGCCCAGCCGCUUCCCCAAAUCCCCGUCUCUGCCGAUGCGCCUCAGUCACACAUCGAAGCCGAGCCCCAAUUUUCGAACAUGCCCGAGGAGGAGGUGGAAAAGGUCACGCACAGCUAUGACAGCUACGGCCGCCCGCUCCCUGCGAGAGAAUCCGAGCACGGCAGCGUUCAGAGCACUGUGACCGAGGACCCCGACGGCUGGAACUUCGACGACACGGCCCCACCGCCUGAGCCGCCGCCAGAGGUUCCGCCGCCGCGGAGACCCGACACGGACAUUUUUCCGAGCGCCAACAGUAUUCCGGCCAAGUCUCCGCCCCGCUCUGGUCCGCAAUCACACAGGAGAAAGAGUUCAGGCGCGCAGUCAAUGUCGCGGAGGAGAAGUCAAGGAAACGAGAUGGGCGACGUCUCUGCGCAGGGCGCCAAGGCCGAUCCUCAGCAGUUCAAGGUCCGAUAUGCUCUCCGCGGUCAUCUUGACGUCGUCCGCUCCGUCAUUUUCACCGGGGGAGGCACGCCCUCGGAGCCCGAGAUCUGCACCGCGGGUGACGAUGGCACGAUCAAAAGAUGGAUAAUACCAGCCAGCUAUGCCGCCGGGCAACACAACUCUCUCGGUGCCGACAUUGAUAUCCAAAGCUAUUUCACUCACAGAGGACACGAGGGCGUGGUCACGUCUCUUGCCGCAUCCAACGCAAGCUUCUCGACCGGUGGAAGAGUCACGGGCGACGGGUGGAUAUUCUCAGGUGGUCAGGAUGCAAGUGUCAGAGUUUGGGAAAGAGGACGUGUCGAUCCGAAGGCGACGCUUGAUGGCCACACGGAUGCUGUUUGGGCUGUCUGCGUCCUCCCGUCCAACUGCGGACAGGUGUUCGGUGGAGGCGCGAGCAACUUCGGCGGUCCUGAACGGGUGCUCUUGGCCUCUGGCUCGGCCGACGGCACCAUCAAGAUCUGGGCCGUCAGCGCGCCUCCUCAGCUCGUUUCUCCCUCAGCCGGCUCGAGGCGCGGAGUCGGCGGCAGCCGCAGGCAUUCCGUCACCUCGGGCUCAAACUUCCCGUCUUCGCCCCAGCCCAGCGUGGCCACGUCGACGCCUUUCCACUGCACGCUCGUCCACUCGAUCGAGCGCGCGGGCGUGCCGUCGCCGACGUGCAUCACCCCGCUGUCCAAGACGGGCGAGACCAUCGUCGUCUCGUACACGGACGCGUCGAUCCUCAUCUUCGACACGCGCACCGGCGAGGAGAUCAUCGGCAUGGCCAGCGGCGAGACGUACGACGGCACGGGCAAGACGGGCGUCAACACGGUGGUCGCGGUCCCCUCGAUCGAGGCGUCGUCGAGCGCCGAGGCGGGCCGCGGCAGCGGCGAGGAGGAAGGCGGACUGCACGGCGCGACGGGCACGGCGGGCGGCGUCGAGGGCGUCGUCAUCAGCGGACACGAAGACAGGUUCAUCCGGUUCUUCGACGCCAACAGCGGCCAAUGUACAUACUCGAUGCUCGCGCAUCCCGCCGCGAUUUCCGCACUCCACCUGUCGCCCGACGGCCGCGAGGCCGUGUCGGCGGGCCACGACGCGUCGAUUCGGUUCUGGUCGCUCGAGAAGCGCAUCUGCACGCAAGAGAUAUCGAGCCACCGCAUAAUGCGCGGAGAAGGGGUUUGCAGCGUCGUGUGGAGCCAAGACGGACGCAUGGUCGUUUCUGCGGGCGGCGACGGUGUGGUGAAGGUGUUUGUCAGGAGCCUCAUUCACGCGUAG